AUGGCUGCCAGGCGCAUUAUAAUGCAAAACAUUAUUAGGCAAGAGAGGAUACCACGUCGACUUCAGGAUAGAUCAAAUCCACUGGAAUCGUUGACAGAGGAAGAAAUUUUUAUGAGAUACAGGUUUAGAUCCGCCACUAUUUUCUUCAUAUGUAGUCUCAUUGAAAACCAACUGGAACAUCCGACGAAGAGGAGUUCGGCUCUGCCACCAUUGUUACAGGUGUUACUAGCACUUCGUUUUUUUGCUACGGGUGCGUUUUACCAACUUAUUGGGGACUCGCUGGCUAUUUCCAAGUCGACUACAGGACGAGCUGUGCGAGGAGUUACCUCCCUCCUCUGUUCGCUAGCCAGACAGUUCAUUCGCUUCCCAUCAAUUCCUGAAACUGCAGAGAUACGCACUAAAUUCUACAGUUUAGCAGGUUUUCCUAAUGUGGUAUGCUGUGUAGACGGCACAUUAAUUCGAAUUCGAUGUCCUGCCCAGAACGAAGCCGAAUAUGUGUGUAGAAAGGGCUAUUAUGCAUUAAAUGUACAGAUGGCCUGUAAUGCCUCGUUUAGAUUUGUGAACUGCGUUGCAAAAUGGCCGGGUAGUGUACAUGAUUCCCGUGUGUUUAGAGAAUCGUCUCUUGCUAGACUCUUCGAAACUGGAGCGCAAAAUGGUAUUAUUUUGGGUGAUUCAGGAUAUGCUCUCAAAACAUACCUCAUGGUUCCAUAUUUGACUCCCAGUAACAGAGCUCAGGAGAGGUUUAAUACAUCCUUAUGUCGCACGCGAGUAGUUAUAGAACAGGCGUUUGGUAUCCUAAAAAGGAGGUUUCCUUGUCUACAGACAGGUUUACGGGUGGAGCCCGACAAAGCUUGCGCUAUCAUUGUGGCCUGCACAGUUCUCCACAAUCUUGGGAUUGAGAGACAUGACAUUGUAGAUCCGAUACCAAAUGUUCAAGGUCAAGUGAUCGACGAGGUGGCGCUGCCUGCGGUAGGAGGGCAACACGAAGGAAAGCAUGUUAGAGAUCACAUCGCCAAUGUGUUUUUUGGGCAUUGA